UUUUACAGAAGUAUCUCUUCUGUUCCCUCCACGAAUGCCCGGUCAUGAUACAAGCAGCCCUGUUGAUGAUUAACUGGAGAUGGUUGAGACCUAUCUUAUCGCACUGACGUGGGGCUGGAAGUCAAACUAUGGCACAGUAGUGCAGGUGACUAGUUAUCAUGGUAUGGUAAAUUGUUAGGAAGAUGUCCUUGGAGGCGAGGGGUGGGGGCGUGUUUGACUUUGUGACUGGUGUAUAAAUGAAUCAGUCAGAUUCAGUUGUCUACAGAGCUUUUACCUACAUCAGCAUCAACAGUGACCUUAUUUUGUUGAGUGUGAAGGAUGGUGAGAUCAGCUAUGAUGUUCCUCUUGUUGAAUCUCCUGGGACUGGCAGGCUCUAUUGGCGCGACCGUCCCAAGAAAUCUUGCCUUGCGUGGAAAAGCUACACAGUCAGACCUCAUCGAGAACCCAUGGGACGGUUACAGUCAUGCCUCCAAUGCCAUUGAUGGGAACCGCGAUUCACAUUUCCAUCAUGGGUCCUGCACUGCCACUGACGAAUCAACUAACCCCUGGUGGAGAGUGGACCUGCUUGAUACCUACAUAGUCACCUCCAUCACCGUCACCAACAGAGGGGAUGCUGUUCCUGAGAGGCUUAACGGGGCUGAGAUACGAAUAGGAAAUUCUUUAGUGGACAAUGGCAUUCAUAACCCUCUGGUUAAAACAAUUCCCUCCGUUCCAGUUGGCAGUUCUCUCACCCUUGCCUUUGACCCAGGCUUCAAAGGACGCUAUGUGACUGUGGUUCUACCAGGCCAGAAAAGACUUCUGACACUCUGUGAAGUGGAGGUUUAUGGCUACCUUGCCCCAACCGGAGAGAAUGUGGCUCUAUAUGGAAAGGCCACCCAGUCGUCUUUGUAUGGGUUUGGCAUUCCAGGCAAUGCUAUUGACGGGAAUCGCAACGCUAUUUGGAUAGGAGGGUCCUGCACCCACACUCUACAGGACAUCAACGCCUGGUGGAGGGUGGACCUUCUGAAGACCUACAAAGUGUUCUCCAUCAUCAUCACCAACACAGUCGACAGUGUUCCCAGCAGACUCAAUGGAGCUGAGAUACACAUUGGAGACUCCCUGGAAAACAACGGCAUCGACAAUCCUAGGUGUGCUGUGAUCUCCUCUAUCCCAGCUGGCACUUCUAGCACCUUCCAGUGUCCGGGCAUGGAGGGUCGAAAUGUCAUCGUGGUCAUUCCAGGGAGGAAGGAGUACCUGACCUUGUGUGAGGUGGAGGUAUACGGAUCACCCCUGGAUGGGACUGGGCCUACAUGUAACUAAAUCAGAUCGUUAACUCUUAACAGCACCCUGCAAUGUUUGGGGAAUGUAUUGUCUUACGAAAAACAAUUAAUGUUUUUUAGUAUACUUCCAGUAUGUUAAUUAUCAAAAAUGUGUAUUUACUUUCAGUACACAAAAACAAAUUUGGUCCCCUGUUCUGGAAGUUCUUCUUGCACACUGUUUUUGGAAGUUUGGGCAUAAAUUGGCCAACAUUUUGUGUUACACAAAAAAUUUUUGUUGCCUAAUUAUUGGUUAGAUGGUUCUCAUUCAUACUUAGAAAUACAUAUAAUGCUGUAAUACUAUUGCUAUUGUGCUAAAAUGAAUUAAAAGUUAAAUCUUGGAUCUGGAAUGUUUCUAUUAUGUAUUUGGUUGUUUGUGCUUGUAGUCUGUAAAUAGGUCCAUUUUGGCCUCUGUACAAUAAUCCACUCUUUUCCAUAGCCUGUUCCCUCUAAAGUUGUAUCCCUAUCUUCUACUCUAAAUUAUUCAAUUGUGGUCGGAAUUACUGCAGAUGCCUUAACUGACUUGCCUAGUAAAAAAAGUGAAGUAAC